AUGGACGCCAAUCCUAUGAUGGCCACAAAGUUGAAGGAUGGGCUGAACAAGGAGGAUACCAUGUCGAUGGUUGAUGCGAUGGCGCCGAGUAAGAAACCUUCCGAAGAGGACCAAUCCCCAGCUGGUACCGUCAAUCCCUUGCUUCUGUUAUCGGCACGCGAGGGCUCCUCGAUGGCACUGAGUGUCCUUUUAGAGAGGGAAGACGCAAAACGUCCACCCCUGAUGAUUGUUUCUCAAGAAUUUCUCGAGUUGGUAGAGGCAGGCAGCAGCACCCAAGGAAGAACUGCAGUGUCAACUGCUCGUGAUGUAGAAGAGGGCGUCGACGACCAGCCUGAUGCUUCACUUGCAGAUGGAGCACUCCUCAAGGGCGUCACUCCUGAUGGUCAUACUGCACUACAUGUGGUCGCACAGAAUCAGGAGGAUGGCAAACGUUUCCUAGAGUAUGCCGGCAUCAUCUACGGAAGGGACAUGGGGCUCCUGUUUGCGAAGAAUCACAAGGGUGACCCACCCUUGCAUUGUGCUGCCCGAGCUGGGAACUCCAAAAUGGUUUCUCAUCUCAUGGAUUUAGCUGCACGUGAGGGCGCUGACACGAAGCUCAGGCUCCUGAGAAUGGAAAAUAAGCGGCACGAGACGGCCCUGCAUGAGGCUGUCCGAUUUGAGGAUGGUCGAUUUCUCGGUCUGAAGGAGAGAAGAUCAUUGCUUGGUGCUACUGACACCGCCGGAGAAGAAAAGAAUAGGGAAGAUGCUGCUGGCACACGGGAAGAAAAGAAUAUAGUCAAACUACUGAUGGGUGCUGAUCCAGAGUUAGCUAAUUAUCCUGCGGAUGGCGUUUCACCCUUGUAUCUAGCCAUCUUGCUGGGGAAGAGUACAAUUGCAUUGAUUCUGUAUGAUAAAAGUGGUGGCAAUCUCUCCUAUUCCGGAGCAGAUGGACAAAAUGCCCUGCAUGUUGGUGUUCUUCCACACAGAGACUCAGUGAUGGUAGAGUUCCUAGUGCAUUGGAACAAAAAGCUUACUAUACAGGUGGACAAAGAUGGGAGAACGCCGCUUCACUUUGCUUCAUCGUUGUCUUUUGGGACUGCCUCGUGUCUGCAACUUGAGCUCCUCAGCAGACCUCCUUGGUGUCGUUUUGUAUGGAUUUCCCGGACUUCUACAUCGAUGCUCAAGAUAGUAUUCGAAGCGAACCCCACCGUACUGUAUCAAGCGGACAAGAAUGGAUCUUUCCCCAUACAUUUGGCUGCCUCUGCAGGUGUGAAAGAUGCCAUACGGUUUUUCCGUGGCAAGUAUCCAAAUUGUGUUGGGUUGCGCAAUGCUAAAGGAAGAACAUUCCUUCAUGUUGCUGUCGAGAAAGAAAUACGGGACGUAGUGUUCUAUGUAUGUGAAACUCCAUCUUUAGUUUGGAUUCUGAAUAUGCAAGACAAUGAUGGAAACACUGCACUGCACUUGGCUAUCCAAGCACGGAACUUUAGGAUAUUCUGUGCUCUAUUUGGGAAUCCAGAGGUGAAUCUAAAUAUAACAAAUAACCAGGGGCAAACUCCCUUGGAUCUAUCCAUCAGUAAGCUUUCAUACGGAAUGAAUUAUAUAGAGGACCGUUAUGUAUUAGAAAGGGUCUAUUCAAAGGAAUGGUACAAUUACUAA